CGCCCCAGUCCCUGAGUUCCGUGUGUCCCCCGCCUCCAUGGAGCAGCUGCUGCGCGCAGAGCUGCGCACCGCGACCCUGCGCGCCUUUGCAAGCCCGGGUGGGGGCUGCAUCAGCGAGGGGCGCGCCUAUGACACAGACGCGGGGCCCGUGUUUGUCAAGGUCAACCACAGGGCGCAGGCCCGGCAGAUGUUUGAGGGGGAGAUGGCCAGCCUGGAGGCCCUCCGGAGCACUGGCCUGGUGCGGGCACCUCGGCCCAUCAAGGUCGUCGACCUGCCUGGGGGUGGUGCCGCCUUUGUGAUGGAGUACCUGAAGAUGAGGAGCUUGAACAGCCAGGCGUCGAAACUCGGAGACCAGGUGGCGGACUUGCACCUUCACAACCGGAAGCUCCGGGACAAGUCGAGGGAGGUGGAGAACACAGUGGGCCGGAGGGCGGAGGGCGCGGAGCCCCAGCCUGUGAGCAGGUUCGGCUUCCACACCGUGACGUGCUGCGGCUUCAUCCCGCAGGUGAACGAGUGGCAGGACGACUGGGCGACCUUCUUCGCCCGGCACCGGCUCCAGGCACAGCUGGACCUCAUCAAGAAGGACUACGCUGACCGAGAGGCACGAGAACUCUGGUCCCAACUGCAGGUGAAGAUCCCGGAUCUGUUUUGUGGCGUGGAGGUCGUCCCCGCCCUUCUCCACGGGGAUCUCUGGGCAGGAAAUGUGGCCGAGGACGACUCCGGGCCCAUUGUUUAUGACCCAGCCUCCUUCUAUGGCCAUUCUGAGUUUGAACUGGCGAUUGCCUUGAUGUUCGGUGGCUUUCCCAGGUCCUUCUUCACUGCCUACCACCGGAAGGUCCCCAAGGCUCCGGGGUUCGACCGGCGGCUGCUGCUGUACCAGCUCUUUAACUACCUGAACCACUGGAACCACUUUGGGCGGGAAUACCGGAGUCCGUCUCUGAGCACCAUGAGGAAGCUGCUCAAGUAGCAACCUGUCCGUGUCGCUGCCCACCUGUCCACCUCCUCAGCAGACACCUGGGGGGAGCGACAGCAGGGCCAGCUGCAGGGGCUGACUAAUAAAGCCAGUGGGGGCUUCAGGGACGGAA